AUGGCUGCGGCUAGAUUUCCUGAGUUGAUUAAAGCAGAAUUUGGUGUCGGGAGAGAGAUUACAUUAUUAACAACAACUUUAUAUUUGUUAGGUAUAGCAUUGGGUCCAAUGAUAUUUGGACCAGUAUCAGAAGUUUAUGGUAGAAAAUCUGGUGUAUUGAUUCCUUUGUUCAUAUCUUCAAUUUUCACUUUCGCAACAGCAAGUACUUAUAAUGUUGCAAGUAUGAUGAUUUGUAGAUUUUUUUCAGGUUUUUUCGCUGGUGCUCCAAUUGUUUCUUCUGGUGGUGUUUUAGCAGAUCUAUGGAAUCCUGCUGAAAGAGGUUCAGCACUUGCUGUUUAUUCGCUAUUUGUUGCUGGUGGUGUUGCCUUUGGUCCAACUAUAAGCUCUUUAUUAAUGUACGCUGAAAAUGAGCAAAGUGCAUGGAGGAUCCCCCAAUAUUUUUCAGGUUUAGUGAGCUUAACUUUAUGCUUAUUGACUGCAUAUUUGUCUCAAGAAACGUAUGAACCUAUUGUACUAGCAAGAUUAGCAAAACAUAUGAGAAUAAAAUCAGGGAAAUGGAGUAUUCAUGCAAAACAUGACGAAUGGAAAUUAACUACUGAAGAGUUUAUACACGUUCACCUAUUACGACCAUUUAAAAUGUUGAUAACACCAAUAGUGGCAUUUAUUGUGUUAUUUGCAAGUUAUACAUACGCUAUAUUAUACUUAUUUAUAACAACAAUAGCAGAUGCUUUUAAUAUAUCAAGAGGUUGGACAGGAACAAUUUCAACAUUACCAAAUUUUGCAUUAUUUUUAGGUAUUUGUUUAGGUUGUCUUCUACAGAUUAUUGGGACUAAUGAUUAUGCUAAAAAAGUUGCAAAAAAUGAUGGGAAAGCAAUACCAGAAGAAAGGUUUUCAGUUAUGAUAUAUACUGCCUGGCUUAUUCCUGUGGGUUUGUUUAUGUUUGGCUGGACUUCUGACAAUUCUAUACAUUGGAUUGUUCCUUGUUUGGGUAUUUUUCUAUUUGGGGUUGGGUUUUUGACUGUGUUUCAAGGUAAUUUGAAUUAUCUUGUUGAUGUUUAUACGAAAUAUUCAGCUUCUGCAAUUGCAGCUAAUACAUUUGCUAGAUCUGUUGCAGCUGCAAGCUUCCCAUUGUUUUCAAAGCAGUUAUUUGAAAAUUUAGGAAUUCAAUGGGGAUCGAGUUUAAUAGGGUUUAUAGCAUUGGGGAUGGUUUCCAUUCCAUAUUUUUUCCGCAGAUAUGGUGCAAAGAUCAGAUCUAAAAGCACAGUUAAACUUUUAUAG